ACAACAACAAGCCAAGAGGAAGAGAAGGCUACAACAGCAACAACAAGCCAAGAGGAAGAGAAGGCUACAACAACAACAACAAGCCAAGAGGAAGAGGAAGAGGAAGUGGAAAGCUUUGAGGUUGUGGAAGUUCCUCAAGUUGUGGAAACUAGAGCAAUGAGAAGCAGGACAAAAACAGUCACAGCAGCCACACCCAAACGAAAGUCCUUACGAAGCAAGUCCUCUGUGGAUUAUAAGGAACAGGAUGCAGAGGAGGAGGAAACAGGAAAUGAAUCCACAGUGGAAGAAGGGGAGGAUAAUGUAGUGGCAGAAGAGGUGAGCGUAGUAGAGGAGGAAGACAAAGAGGAAGAAGAAGGGUUCCCGGUGGCUGAGGUUGCUGUUGUUGAGGAGACGGAGAAGCAGCCUGAGGAACACAAAUCAGAGAAAGUCAUCAGGAUUGAGGAUAUUGAAGCAGACGGGGAGACUCCCAAAGAGAAGCCAGUGGCAGAGCAUCAUCAAGAGAAUAAAGACGUUGUUGCUGAAUCUGACACAGAGGAGUUGGCUGAGGAUGUUGUUCACACAGCCACAGAGGACACAGCAGUAGAACCUGAGGUUAGAGAGGAGAUUGGAGAGACUGUUACAACACAGACACUCAAGCUUCAGAAGGCCAUUGUGGUACUAGUGGACCUGAAGAAAACCUUGCAACCACAAGUGGAGGUAGAAAAUGUGGCACCGGAGAUAGAGGAGGUGGAGGAGGAGGCGCCAAAGAAGGUGUCAGGAACCGAUGAAGACGAAAAAGAAACAGCCAAAGAACCCUCUAAGCAGGAAAAGAAAAGAGGACGACCAAGAUCCACUCAUCUCACAAAACCUGUUGAGGCUGAGGAGACGGUGAACGAGGAGCAGCCAGUGGUUGAGAAACCUGCUGAGGGAAAGGAGAAGAUCUCACCACCUGAUGAGGAAGAUGCAGGUCCAGUGGUAGAAACAAGAGUCCUGAGGAGAGGAAGAAUAAGUGUUCCAGCUACCCCGACUCCAAAACGCAAGUACACAAAAAGAGACAAACAGCAUGAGGAGGAAGAGAAAGAGCCAGCUGUGGAAGAAAAGGUUCCAGUGGUAGAAACAAGAGUCCUCAGGAGAGGAAGAAAAAGUGUUCCAGCUACACUGACUCUGACACGCAAGUACACACAAAGAGGCAAACAACCUAAAGAAGAGAAGGAGGGGGAGGAAGAGCCAGUUGAGGAAGAAGAAGAUGCACCGGUAGUGGGAACCAUAGUUCUGAAGAGCGAGAGAGGCAAAUUUUCUGCUCUUGCUCAUCCCAGACACAAAUCCACACAAGGCUGCAAAGAACCUGAGGAAGAGGAGGAGAAGAUAGGGGAGUUGGCUAAACGUGUUCAGGAAGCUUUGGAAGAAAAGGUAGAGAAAGCAGUGGAUGAAGCAGCAGCUGCAACAGUGGAGAGUGUGGCGGAAGAAAGGGCGGCAGAGGAACUAAGAACAGAGGAGGAGGGAAAGGUGGAGGAAGAGAAGGAAGCGGAAACUGAAGCUGUAGCUGAAACUGUACCAGUGGAAGAGGAGAGUGUUGCAGAAGAAAAGGUGGUGGAGGGAGAAACAAUUCAGGAAGAGGAAAAGGUAGAAGAAGAAAAGGAGAUUGCAGAAACUAUUACAACACAGACACUCAAGCUUCAGAAAGCCACUGCAGUGCUGGUGGACUUGAAAAAAACUGUGGCCUCAGAGAUUGAGGAGGAGGCUCCAAAGGAGUUGUCAGGAACCAAUGAAGAUGAAGGAGAAACAGCCAAAGAACCCUCUAAGGAGGAAAAGAAAAGAAGAGGACGACCGAGAUCCACUCAUCUCACAAAACCUGUUGAGGCUGAGGAGGAGACGGUGAACGAGGUGCGGCCAGCAGUUAAGAAACUUGCUGAGGAAAAGGAGAAGAUCUCACCACCUGAAGAGGAAGAGGCAGAAAAACCAGAUGAAACAACAGAGGAAGUAGAAGACAAAGUCCAGGACAAAGCUGUUGAGGGAGAGGCCACAACAACAACAAGCCAAGAGGAAGUGGUAGCAGAGAGCCUUGAGGAGGUUGUGGAAGUUCCUCCAGUUGUGGAAACUAGAGCUAAGAGGAGCAGGACAAAAACAGUUGCACCAGCCACACCCAAACGAAAGUCCUUACGAAGCAAGUCCUCUGUGGAUUAUAAGGAACAGGAUGCAGAGGAGGAGGAAACAGGAAAUGAAUCCACAGUGGAAGAAGGGGAGGGUAAUGUAGUGGCAGAAGAGGUGAGCGUAGUAGAGGAGGAAGACAAAGAGGAAGAAGAAGGGUUCCCAGUGUCUGAGGUUGCUGUUGUCGAGGAGUCAGAGAAGCAGCCUGAGGAACACAAAUCAGAGAAAGUCAUCAGGAUCGAGGGGGAGACGCCUAAAGAGAAGGAAGUGGCAGAACAUCAGCAACAGAAUAAAGAAGAAGAAGAUGCUGCUGUUGCUGAAUCCGACAAAGAGGAGUUAGCUGAGGAUCCAAUGAAAAUGUCCGUCUGCACGCAUGAGAACCGCAAAUCCUGCCUCAGCUCAACGUCCAUGAACAUCUUCCUGUUUCACAAGUCAUCGUACGCGGACAGUGUCCUUACGCACCUCAACGCGCUCCGGCAGCAGCAGCUCUUCACCGAUGUCCUCCUCCACGCUGGGAGACGCUCCUUCCCCUGCCACCGUGCUGUGCUGGCUGCAUGCAGUCGCUACUUCCAGGCCAUGUUCAGCGGAGGUCUCCGGGAGAGCCAGGCCAGCGAGGUGGACUUCAGGGACUCCAUCCACCCAGAGGUCCUGGAGCUCUUACUAGACUAUGCCUACACCUCCCGGGUGGUGAUCAACGAGGAAAAUGCAGAGUCCCUCCUGGAGGCCGGAGACAUGCUGGAGUUCCAGGACAUCCGGGACGCCUGCGCUGAGUUUCUGGAGCGGAACUUGGCUACGUCCAAUUGCCUGGGCAUGCUGCUGCUGUCCGACGCCCACCAGUGCACCAAGCUGUCCGAGCUCUCCUGGGGCAUGUGCCUCAGCAACUUCCCCACCAUCUGCAAGACGGAGGACUUCCUUCAGCUGCCCAAGGACAUGGUGGUGACGCUGCUGUCCCAUGAAGAGUUAGAGACGGAGGAUGAGAGGCUGGUCUACGAGGCCGCCCUCAACUGGGUCAACUAUGACCUGGAGAGGAGGCACUGCCACCUCCCCGAGCUGCUGAGGACGGUCCGCCUGGCCCUCCUCCCCACCAUUCUCAUGGAGAACGUGUCCACAGAGGAGCUGAUCAAUGCCCAGACGAAGAGCAAGGAGCUGGUGGACGAGGCCAUACGCUAUAAACUCAGGAUCCUCCAGAACGAUGGUGUGGUCAACAGCCCCCUGGCAAGGCCCAGGAAGACCAGCCACGCCCUGUUCCUCUUGGGAGGACAGACCUUCAUGUGUGACAAGCUGUACCUGGUAGACCAGAAGGCCAAGGAGAUCAUACCCAAGGCCGACAUCCCCAGCCCCAGGAAGGAGUUCAGCGCUUGCGCCAUCAGCUGUAAGGUCUAUGUUACCGGCGGGAGGGGCUCAGAGAACGGUGUGUCCAAAGACGUGUGGGUCUACGAUACGUCCCGCGAGGAAUGGUCCAAGGCAGCGCCUAUGAUCAUCGCCCGCUUCGGCCACGGAUCGGCCGAGCUCAAAAACUGCCUCUACGUGGUUGGAGGACACACAGCGGGUACAGGCUGUCUCCCCGCCUCGCCCUCUGGGUCACUCAAACAGGUCGAGAAGUACGACCCGGUUGCCAACAAGUGGUGCAUGGUGGCGCCGCUGAGGGAGGGCGUGAGCAACGCGGCGGUGGUCAGUGUCAAACUCAAACUCUUUGCCUUUGGAGGAACCAGCGUCACCCACGACAAAUUACCCAAGGUGCAGCUCUACGACCCGCAGGAGAAUAGGUGGUCUGUCCCCGCCUCCUGCCCACAGCCCUGGCGAUACACAGCCGCCGCCGUCCUCAACAACCAGAUCUUUGUGAUGGGCGGCGACACAGAGUUCUCGGCGUGCUCUGCCUAUAAGUUCAACAGCGACAGUUACCAAUGGACUAAAGUAGCAGAUGUGACAGCCAAGAGGAUGAGCUGCCAGGCAGUGGCAUCAGGUAACAAACUGUAUGUGGUGGGAGGCUACUUUGGCACUCAGCGGUGUAAGACUCUGGACUGUUACGAUCCAACACUGGACGCGUGGAACAGCAUCACUACCGUACCCUACUCACUCAUCCCCACAGCAUUCGUCUCCACCUGGAAACACCUCCCAGACUGAGGACUGGACUCAGACUCAACGUCGAGCAUCGGCCUCACGGUCUCGUCGCUAUACUGGAUGAUCUAUUCCAUUAAAGACUGUGAAGGUGCCAGAUAUUCAACGGGAGGAUGGCAAGAAAGCUUUACCGUUUAACAUGAAGGACUGCAGGCAGGUGGACAAUCUUAUUGGAGUAAAGAAACCUGUGGUGUUUACAUGAAGGAUGAAUAUAAUAUAUCUCUACUUUAUAUUCCUACAUUUGUAUAUCCUUAUUUGACUUUAGAGACUAUUCAAUAACUCAAUCAUUCCUAAUAUGUUGUGGGCCUUGUGUAUUUGGAGCAAUCAAGCCACUAAGACAGUGUUUACACAGGCAGCCUAAUUCUGAUUUUUUUGAGCAAUUAUUGUCAAAAGAGCUGAUCUGAUUUGGUCAAAAUACCAUUUAAUGGAAAGAGAAUAAGAAUUGGGCUGACUGUAAAUGCAGCCGGUGUCACGAGGACUAGGUGAAAAAAUCUGUCGAUGUGCCCUUGAGCAAGGCACUUAAUCCCGAUUGCUCCUGUAAGUCUCUCUGGAUAAGGGCGUCUGCUAAAAUGUAAGUGAAUUCCACUUGUUUUUGGACUUUAAAAUAACCCAUAAGGACUCGUGGUUCAAGACAUGCCAAUGAAAUGCACACGUGGCAGUGGAGAGAUCAGCAAUCGCCUGUGUUGUUACUGACAUGCAACUGUGGGACAAGACCAGUAAAAGAGGAGGAAAGUAGAACCAGAGAAGAACCUCACAAUCCCUGGCAGGUCACGUAGGAAAAAUGUUCUUUCUGGGUAAUUUACAAGGUAAGGGUUAUUUACCUUAUGCAGGGACUAAUUCUAUUGUUUGAACUGAAUGAUUAUUUAAUUUAUUGUUUAUUUUUUAUUUUUUUGCUGCUUGUUUUCUGUAACAAAAUGAUGUCACUUUGUUGCCUUUUUCUACUGUAUUUUUGUGUGUGUGAUUUUACUGCUUUGAGAUUGAAUAACUGUUUGCACAUGUAUGCCUCUGAUCUGGGAGUAUCCCCAUUCCUUGUAGACAUGGUAGAAGAGGAGCUUCCUCUGCUUUUAAUUGAACUGGAGGCUUGCCAAAUAAAAUGGAGACCCUGAAGAGAUAUUGUAGGUUUAGCUAAGCAACAAAUGGAACCCUAUUCCCUAUAUAGUGCACUACUAUUGACCAAUAUAGGGAAUAGGGCUCUGGUCUAUAGUAGUGCACUAUAUAGGGAAUAGGGCUCUGGUCUAUAGUAGUGCACUAUAUAGGGAA